CAUUUGAGUGAAAUCCACACUGCUGGCAGUGGCCUUUUCCACAGUGGCCUUGUUUUUGGGAUGAAAGCAGAAAAGGUCAGUUUUGGGGUGAGUAACGAGUAAAUAAUUAACUGAUGUUUUCCAGAGGUGCUGUGUGUACACGACCCGGGGCAGCGUCUCGUAUCUGCAGAACAACAGAGAUGGGAGACCACAAAUAGAAGGACUGUGGGAACACACACACACACACACACACACACGAGGGACUCGAGAACCACUGGAAACAUCUCCGCCGCUAACACAUGUGGUUGAUCAGUGUCGGAGAACGCCUUCAUCAUGGCCGUAGCGGCGCUGGAGUUGAUGGGUUUCUUCUUCGGCCUGUUCGGCAUGCUGGGGACGCUGGUGGCCACUCUCCUGCCGUACUGGGCGACGUCCGCACACGUGGGCCCCAACAUCGUGACGGCGGUGGUCAGCAUGAAGGGUCUGUGGAUGGAGUGUGUGUACCAGAGCACCGGCGCCUUCCAGUGUGAGACCUACAACACCCUUCUGGGUCUGACCACGGACCUGCAGAGCGCCAGAGCCAUGAUGGUCAUCUCGUCCAUCUGCUCCGUCCUGGCCUGUGCCGUGUCCACCGUGGGCAUGCAGUGCACCGUCUGCAUGGACGGCUCCUCCGUCAAGAGCAAGGUGGCCGGCGCCGGCGGGUCCCUGUUCCUCCUGGCCGGGCUUCUGGCGCUGAUCCCCGUGUCCUGGAAGACCCACGAGGUGGUGCAGAGCUUCUACAUGCAGAACAUGCCCGCCGGCCUCAAGUUCGACAUCGGCGACUGCCUGUACGUGGGUUUGGCGUCUUCGCUGCUGUCCAUGCUCGGUGGAGGGCUGUUGAGUGCUUCCUGUUGCGAUGAUUCAGACGGUAGCAGGGGAACCAGACGCCGUUACCCGUACCCCGACCGCAGCGCCCCGCGCGGGCAGCCCCUCGCCACGCCGUACCAUCCCGUCACGCUGCACUCCAGCAAGAACCAGACCCUGAACAGCACCAGCACCCACUCCAACACACCGGCGGCCGCCGCGUAUGACGUCACCGGCUACGUUUGAGGAUUAGCGCUAAUCUGUGCAGUCGUUUUGUUCUCCUAAAAGCUCUGAAGUGAUUAAUACUGGGACCACGAUAAGACUCUUAGGAUUGUGUGAUGUGAGCUGCUGCUGUUUGGCUUCACGUCUCGACUGGACAUUAGAGGUUCAAGAAUAUCCAAUUAACAGCUAGAUGAUUUUCGAUAGGGAUCCACAGGAUCACACGCUGUUUUUCAGCGGCCCGCUUUUAAGAAGGGCCAGAUCAGUCAGUUUCGUCAAGUGCACUUCGUGUUUUUUGCCACAGUUUAUUUGAAUAUUUUGACCGUAUGUUCACUUUGUCUUCAUUAACUAAUCUAAAUGCACUCACUUUGAGCACUAUAUGAUCAUACUCACUGUGUAAA